AUGGGGCUUGAUUAUUAUGGAUUGCUGGACUUGAAUAGAAAUGCUACAGAUGAAGAUAUUAAGAAAGAGUUUAGGAGGCUAAAUAAUGAUCCUAACUCAGCAAAACGGUUCCAUGAUAUUUGCGAAGCCUAUGACGUACUACGUUCUCCAAAAUGGAAAGCUUUGUACGACCAGUUUGGAGAAGAUGGAAUAAAAAAUGGUGUGCCUGUGCCACCGGGUCCAAAUGAAGAAGAAGGUCCAAUAGAAGUAUACACUUUUCAUGGAGAUGAAAUGAAAGUAUUUCGGGAUUUUUUCGGAGUGGAUAAUCCAUUUGCGGAUUAUUAUCUACCAAACCUCGACCCCGGAUAUAAGUUUUUCGAGGAACCAGCUAAACCUAUUCCAGGUCCUGAUCAGGUGCACACAUUCGAGUUAUCCCUGGAAGAUGCUUUUUAUGGUACAACUAAAUCGGUCGGAAUACCUCUGCAAGUCGUUGAUGAGACAGGCACAAGAACAGUGGAAGUAGACAAAAUGUUUACCUUUCGAGUACCAAAAGGAAUUAUUGCUAUCACGGAGGAAAGACUUUAUCUUCAGAUUCAAGAAGUGAAGGACAUGACUCAAAACUUUUAUGUUGAGCUUGGUACCCGACAACCUUUUUUAGGCAAUUUUGACUAA